AUGGCCCUCGGGCUGCUCAUCGCAGUGCCCCUGCUGCUGCAGGCGGCGCCCCCCGGCGCGGCGCACUACGAGAUGAUGGGCACCUGCCGCAUGAUCUGCGACCCGUAUAGCGCCGCGCCAGGAGGGGGCCCCGCGGGCGCCAAGGCGCCACCGCCCGGACCCAGCACGGCUGCCCUGGAAGUCAUGCAAGACCUCAGCGCUAAUCCUCCCCCUCCCUUUAUCCAGGGACCUAAGGGCGACCCGGGGAGACCCGGCAAGCCAGGGCCGCGGGGUCCCCCUGGAGAGCCAGGCCCGCCUGGACCCAGGGGCCCCCCGGGGGAAAAGGGCGACUCGGGGAGGCCGGGGCUGCCCGGGCUGCAGUUGACCACAAGCGCGGCCGGCGGCGUCGGAGUGGUGGGCGGCGGAGCCGGGGGUGGGGGCGACUCCGAGGGCGAAGUGACCAGCGCGCUGAGCGCCACCUUCAGCGGUCCCAAGAUCGCCUUUUAUGUCGGACUUAAGAGCCCUCACGAAGGUUAUGAGGUGCUCAAGUUCGACGACGUGGUCACCAAUCUCGGCAAUCACUACGACCCCACCACCGGCAAGUUCAGCUGCCAGGUGCGCGGCAUCUACUUCUUUACCUACCACAUCCUGAUGCGCGGCGGUGACGGCACAAGCAUGUGGGCGGACCUCUGCAAGAACGGGCAGGUCCGAGCCAGCGCCAUCGCGCAGGACGCGGACCAGAACUACGACUAUGCUAGUAACAGCGUGGUGCUGCACCUGGAUUCAGGAGACGAGGUGUACGUGAAGCUGGACGGCGGAAAAGCGCACGGAGGCAAUAACAACAAGUACAGCACAUUCUCGGGUUUUCUUCUGUACCCGGAUUAG